GCGCAAAGUUUCCUGGCAACGGUAUUUGCUCCUCAUCUCAACAUAAUAGAAGAUGGCAUACCGCGGUACGAGAGGUCCGAGUACCAGUAAUAAUUUUGAAGGCAGUUAUCUGGAACGUCAGAAUGAUAACCUUGUUGAUGAACUAUCGACAAAAGUGGCUGCUUUGAAGAAGGUGACGAUUUCAAUUGGUGAAGAUGUAAGAGAACAGAAUCGGUUACUUAACAGUAUGGAUGAUGACUUUGACUCGUCUAAAAAUCUAUUAAUGUCGACUAUGAAGCGUCUUGGCAUCGUUAGCAGAGCAGGAGGUAAAAAUCUCAUAUGCUACCUCGUAUUGUUCGCCUUAUUUGUCUUUUUCGUCAUUUACUACCUAGCGAGGUAAUAUGUUUUCUGAUUUCGUGGUACGAUUUGAGCAUAUUGUUCAUCAUAACUUCAUAUAUGUGGUGGCUGUCGAUUUGGUUCUAUAUCAUAUUUAUUAUCUCGGUUUCAUAGAGUUUCUACUUUGAUGACUGUGAUCGAUUUCUUAGCUUUUCCAUAAUCUUUCGAAACAGAUUGUCGGUACUUGUUAACAAAGUGGUACAAGAUAAAGCUUUCUUUACACAU